AUGGGUUGGGAGAAGGAUUACGCCCAUCGGAUUCUGGCGACAUGGUUAAUAGGAGGGCUGGUCGUCGGAGUUUCGUUGCUGGGUUUCCGUUUUGCUUUGCCGCCGCUGAGUAUUAGCAAUAAGAAGAAGAAGAGACCGAUAAGGGUUUACAUGGAUGGCUGCUUCGACAUGAUGCAUUAUGGUCACUGUAAUGCUCUCCGCCAAGCCCGAGCCCUCGGCGAUCAGUUAGUCGUUGGCAUUGUCAGCGAUGCCGAAAUUAUUGCCAACAAAGGGCCGCCGGUUACUCCCCUCGACGAGAGGAUGAUCAUGGUCAGUGCUGUAAAAUGGGUGGAUGAAGUUAUUUCUGAUGCUCCUUAUGCUAUCACAGAAGAUUUCAUGAGAAAGCUAUUUGAUGAAUACAAUAUUGAUUACAUCAUCCAUGGGGAUGAUCCGUGCGUUCUUCCAGAUGGGACUGAUGCUUAUGCCCUUGCUAAGAAGGUUGGCCGUUAUAAACAGAUAAAGCGCACUGAGGGGGUAUCAAGCACUGAUAUCGUUGGUCGUAUGCUUCUCUGCGUUAGAGAGAGAUCAACUGGAGACAAGCAUAGCCACUCCUCUCUGCAGCGACAAUUCAGCCAUGGUCACAGUCAGAAAUCCGAAGAUGGUAGCUCUGGUAGUGGAACGCGGAUAUCCCAUUUUCUGCCUACGUCACGUAGGAUCGUUCAAUUCUCCAAUGGCAAGGGACCUGGACCUGAUGCACGUAUAGUUUACAUCGAUGGUGCAUUUGAUCUUUUCCAUGCUGGACAUGUGGAGAUACUGAGGCUUGCACGAGGGCUGGGUGACUUUCUUCUUGUUGGCAUCCAUACUGAUCAAACUGUCAGUUCAAAUAGAGGAGCUCACCGCCCAAUUAUGAAUCUUCAUGAAAGAAGCUUAAGUGUUCUGGCAUGCCGAUAUGCAGAUGAGGUAAUUAUUGGUGCUCCAUGGGAGGUGUCCAAAGAUAUGAUAACAACCUUCAACAUCUCUUUGGUUGUGCAUGGGAGUGUAGCUGAGGAUAAUGAUUUUGAGAAGGAGAAGCAGAGAAAAUAUUCUGUUCCAAUCAGUCUUGGAAUCCUUAAGCUACUGGAAAGUCCUCUGGAAAUAACAACUAGCACUAUAAUCAAGAGGAUUGUGUCAAAUCACGAGGCAUACCAGAGACGAAAUGAGAGAAAGGGUGAAAGUGAGAGAAGGUAUUACGAAGAUAAAAAAUUUGUGUCCGAUGCCUGA